AGACAAAGUUGCAACUUUCUUCUUUGCUACGAAAGAAACGAACGUUGAUAUUUAAAUUUGUUUAUAUUUUCUGUGUUUAUAAAAGAUUUCAACUUGAGUUUUAAAGAUUUUUCUCAUUUUUGUCGGUAAAAUUGCUGAAAAAGAAAGACUUUUUUGAAACAUAUUACUUGGCAUGUAUGGAUAAUGGAUCCUGAAUAUGAAAAACGCUUACUGCUUGGUCCUUUUAGCUUAAGUCCAAGAUCUUCUACUUCUUCACCUAUCAAUUCACCUCAUAAAUCACCUAAGAAAAACAUUUACAGUGACAGGUUUAUUCCCAGUAGAGCUGGUUACAACCUGGAUGUAGGAUUUAAUUUAUUACAGGAGAAUGUAAACAAGAAAAAAAAUAGUCCUAUUAAUAGAGAAACUAGUCCUGAUUUAAAAGAAAGCAUAGCCUAUAAUUGCCUUUUGAAGAACGAACUUUUGGGAACGGAGUUUGACAAUUUGAAGGAUGUACAAGCGUCGCCUGUGACCAAUGAAAACCAAAAUACGCCAAAAUCAAGUUGUGCAAGAAAUCUUUUUCAGUAUAAAGCCAAGCGAAUAAAGCGGUCUGAAUUCGAUAGCAAAUCUUAUUCACUAUCACCUGUGAGCAAAAAUAGUCACAAUCUUCUUCGUUCACCGAGAAAGGCAACUCGCAAAAUAUCCAAAGUUCCUUUUAAAGUUUUAGAUGCUCCUGAAUUGCAGGAUGAUUUUUACCUAAAUUUAGUCGACUGGUCACAACAAAAUAUCCUCAGUGUUGGACUAGGUACUUGUGUAUAUCUUUGGAGUGCAUGUACCAGUCAGGUUACCAAGCUUUGCGACUUGUCAAAUGAUGGUGACUCAGUUACAUCAGUUUCUUGGGCAGAAAGGUCUUGUCAUGUUGCUGUCGGAACACAUCGAGGUCUCGUUCAAAUUUGGGACGCAGCAGCGCAAAAACUUCGAACUCUCGAAGGUCACACGGCCCGAGUUGGUGCGAUUGCAUGGAAUGGAGAAUUUUUGUGCUCUGGAAGUCGAGAUAGAUCAAUUUUACAGCGUGAUUUAAGAGUACCUUUACCCAGCGAAAGAAAACUUGUUGGACACAGACAAGAGGUUUGUGGUUUAAAAUGGUCACCCGAUCAUCAACAUUUGGCAUCAGGAGGAAAUGACAAUAAAUUACUUGUGUGGAAUACUAGUAAUUCUACUCCCAUACAACAGUACAACGAACAUACUGCUGCAGUCAAGGCAAUUUCCUGGUCGCCACACCAGCAUGGUUUGCUAGCGUCUGGUGGUGGAACUGCAGAUAGAUGUAUACGAUUUUGGAACACUUUAGCAGCUCAGCCUCUCCAAUCUGUUGAUACAGGUUCUCAGGUUUGCAAUUUAGCGUGGUCCAAGCAUAGCAACGAACUGGUCAGUACUCACGGUUAUUCUCAGAAUCAAAUUCUCGUGUGGAAGUAUCCUUCGUUAAUGCAAGUCGCCAAGUUGACAGGACAUUCUUACAGAGUUCUUUACUUGGCUGUUUCUCCCGAUGGCGAAGCUAUUGUAACGGGUGCAGGGGAUGAAACAUUACGUUUCUGGAAUGUGUUUAGCAAGGCUAGAUCUCAAAAGGAAUGCAAGUCUGAGUUGAAUUUGUUCUCCAAGAUCCGUUAGUAUGUGUACAUAGGGAAUGACCUUUGUGUAAAAAUCUAGAAUGAUUUACUAACUGAUUGUGUGUAAAUAGAAAAUUGUCAUUGUGUAUUCAUGAGAAGUAAGGAUUACCGUUAGCCAUACUACUAACUAUACAAAUAGAUUGGAUAGAAAGGACUAAAGGAUACGUGUAGAACACACGAAAUUAAAUGUGUGGCUAGUUUAGUUUUUGUUUAAAAGAAACAUUUGAGUUAAUUUAAUUAUAAAGUACAGUAGACAUAUGCACGUGAUGAAGAAAUGCAUAUAUUUUAUUGUGGUGAAAUAAAUAUACAUAUAUGUAAUACAUGAA